GCCGCCGCAGUCCGCAUCCACCCGACCGCGGGCAGCCCUGGGCUCCCGGCUUCCGAGCUCCCCGCGGCUCUCCGGAGCCUGCUUGCGGGAACGAGCAGGGGAGGGGACGGCAGCGGGCGCCCGAGGGCAAGAGGAAGCGCUCGAGGCGGCGAGGGGAGUCUGCGCUUCGCAGCGAGCCCCAAGCUGCGGCGGCAGCUGCCGGUGGCCGGGGAGGUGGCAGCCCGCGUGGGGUGGCACAGCCCGCGGCGAGCGGUGAGGCGGGGGCCGCGGCCGGCGGGAGGGAGCGCUUGCAGGCAGCAUGGCGAUGCCGCAGGCCAGGCGGGGCCGGGGGCCCGGGCUGCUGGCGCUGUCCACGCUGGGCUUCUGCCUGAUGCUGCAAGUCAGUGCCAAGAGGCCCCCCAAGACACCCUCCUGCCCGCCCAGCUGCUCCUGCACCAGGGACACCGCUUUCUGCGUGGACUCUAAGGCAGUGCCCAGGAACCUGCCCUCGGAGGUCAUCUCCCUGACACUGGUGAAUGCUGCCUUCUCGGAGAUUCAGGAUGGAGCGUUUUCCCACCUGCCGCUGCUGCAGUUCUUGUUACUCAACUCCAACAAGUUUACGCUGAUUGGAGACAACGCCUUCACAGGACUGUCGCACCUGCAGUACCUCUUCAUUGAGAACAAUGACAUCUGGGCACUGUCUAAGUUUACCUUCAGAGGACUCAAGUCUUUGACCCACCUCUCGCUGGCCAACAAUAACCUGCAGACACUGCCCCGAGACAUCUUUCGGCCCCUGGACAUCCUGAGUGACUUAGACCUCCGGGGCAACUCACUCAACUGCGACUGCAAGGUGAAAUGGCUGGUGGAAUGGCUGGCACACACCAACACGACGGUGGCCCCUAUCUACUGCGCCAGCCCACCCCGCUUCCAGGAGCACAAGGUGCAGGAUCUGCCACUGCGGGAGUUUGACUGCAUCACCACAGAUUUCGUGCUGUACCAGACCCUGUCCUUCCCAGCAGUGUCAGCAGAGCCUUUCCUUUACUCCAGUGACCUCUAUUUGGCUCUGGCUCAGCCAGGUGCCAGUGCCUGCACCGUCCUCAAGUGGGACUAUGUUGAGCGGCAGUUGCAAGACUACGAUAGAAUCCCAGCCCCCUCGGCAGUGCACUGCAAGCCAAUGGUGGUGGACGGCCAGCUGUACAUGGUGGUGGCACAGCUGUUUGGCGGCUCUUACAUUUACCACUGGGAUCCCAACACCACGCGCUUCAACAAGCUGCAGGACAUCGACCCCCAGCGCGUACGCAAGCCCAAUGACCUCGAGGCCUUCCGCAUCGAUGGCGACUGGUACUUCGCCGUGGCCGACAGCUCCAAGGCGGGUGCCACCAGCCUCUACCGCUGGCACCAGAACGGCUUCUACUCCCACCAGGCCCUGCACGCCUGGCACCGUGACACUGACCUGGAGUUUGUGGACGGUGAGGGCAAGCCGCGGCUGAUCGUUUCCAGCAGCUCCCAGGCGCCCGUCCUCUACCAGUGGAGUCGCACUCAGAAGCAGUUUGUGGCCCAGGGGGAGGUGACCCAGGUGCCUGACGCCCAGGCCGUGAAACACUUCCGUGCCGGCCGUGACAGCUACCUGUGCCUCAGCCGCUACAUCGGCGACUCCAAGAUCCUGCGCUGGGAGGGUACCCGCUUCUCAGAGGUGCAGGCCUUGCCCUCGCGGGGCUCUCUGGCCCUGCAGCCCUUCCUCGUGGGUGGCCGCCGCUACCUGGCACUGGGCAGCGACUUCUCCUUCACCCAGAUCUACCAGUGGGAUGAGGGGCGACAGAAGUUUGUGCGCUUCCAGGAGCUGGCUGUGCAGGCCCCUCGGGCCUUCUGCUACAUGCCUGCUGGGGACGCCCAGCUGCUCCUGGCCCCCAGCUUCAAGGGACAGACGCUGGUGUACCGACACGUCGUGGUGGAUCUCAGUGCCUAGAGAGGUGCCGAGGCUUCUGGGUUCCUCGGCGUGGUGCCGGAGGCUGGGUGGGAGCCUCUGGGUGGCUGGCACAUGUGCCUGUGGGAAGACAUGGAUGGCCAACCUGCCUACAUGCCCUCAGUGACAGACACACCCAGCGAGCAGAGGCACACCCCGUGGACAAGCCGGGGGAGCUCAUUAUCAGAGAUGCAAUCACACGCACACCUGUAUAUAUUCCAGGCACACCCAGGCCGCCCAGUGCACCAACGCGCCCUCCUGUGCUGUACGUGGACCCCUCAAGCCAGCCCCUCUUGCCCCGCUGCCUUCCCCACACUCCUCACACAUACCAGUGGCCCAGAGUAGGGGUGCCGGGAGAGAGGGUGAACCCCGCCACCCAGCUCUUGUGCUUCUCUUUCUGCCCCUCUGCCCUCUCCUGUUGGUGCUGCAGGGGUCUCUACCAGCUCCUGCCCCACAUUCCAGCCCACUGCCGUAUCUGGGCUCCCUCUGAUGGACACACUCAGUCACACCCAGAUGUGGUCACACCCUCCCAGACACCUGUCUACACCCCGUUCCCAUGCACACAUGCCCAGGAGUGUGCGCGCACGGCAACUCACUGCUCUGCCUCAGCAGCUGCCCUCCUUCUCACCUCUCUCCUUGGAGGGGCGCGCAGUUCCUAUUGCUCCCCUGCUCGCCCCCAGGUGCCCGCCCUGCUGCUGAUGAGGAUGAGGAUGGUGGGGCCAGCCUCUGGGCACCGGCUCGCCCUCCUCCUGGGGGCGAGGCCCUUUCUUCCCUGAAGCAAUAACGACAACGAUGACGACAGACCCUGGGCUCUUCCCAGUGCUGCGUGUCUCUGUUCUCUCUGGAAUUUCCUUCUGGGACCAGAAUCCCAGCUCGCCUGUGGACAAGAAACCACCCAGAUGAGAGCCUUUCUGCAUUCCUUUCCUGUAGCUGCCGCUGCCUUAGCCUGGGACCCUCCCCAGGUUCAGCCCCACCUUUGGGAUCUGGACGCCGAGCUACGCUGGCUCCUUUGGGUGGAUACUAGAGCUGCCCACGCCAGGGAACUGCGUGUGCCCUGAGCCACUUGUGUGGGUGCCAGGAGUAGAGCUUGGCUUGGGAGCAUCUUGGGGGUCCUGGCACCCCUCCAAUCCACAUGGGCACACCUCAGGAGCAUCACUGCCUUUCAGUGAAAGCAGAGAAGGGUGGACGGGGUGGGGGUCCUGCAGGGUGGGUGUGGGCCCCUGGGAGCCAAGCUUCUGCUGCCAUCUGCUGUAUGCUGGGAAUAUAAACUCUGAGAUGCCAGGCUCCUUGAGAGGAGGGGGUGGGGAGGGGAGAGCCUCUUCCCUGGGACCAGGUUGUGUGAGGGCCUCCUUGUGGUGGGCCCAGGGAUGCUUGGGGGCGAUGCUAUGAUUCAUUCCCCAUUCACUGGCUUCAAAUAAAAAGUUCCCUCCCCAUUGCCGGCUCUCAGGGGUCUGUCCAAUGGUGACAAAGUUCAGCAGCAGGUGUUUCAUUAAGAAGAGAGCCAGGGCCAUGGCCUCUGUCCCUGCUGCUCACGGGGUGCCCAGCAUCAACUCUCAGACCCUCUUCCUCCCUCUCCUCUCCUUCCAAGAAGUGGGCACCCCCAAGGUCAAUGAGUGAUGGGGUCAGGAGUUCACUCAGGUGUGGGCAAAUGUGACUAGUCUCCGUCACUUGGGUCUGACUCAUGGUCCAAGUGUUCCUUCCUGGAGAUCCCAGUCUUGGGACCCACUGAUACUUGAGUCUGUCCCUCUGUCAGGUCAACUGGCCCAAGGUAAGCUCAGCAGUUCCUUUCCACUGCUUGGCAAAUGUCUGCCCUUGCCACCACCUGCCCCCCAGGUGAGGCACCUUGGAGUCUACACGACAUAUUGGUCUCUUCUCCCCACAUUUAAUCAGCCACCAAGUCUUCCCCAUUGCUCCCUCCAAAUGUUUGCCUGAUGGGCCCUGUUUUUCACCUUCUUUCUACUCAACUUUUGUCCAUCCCCUCUUCUCAUUGCUCAUUGUCUUGGGUCCCUUAUGCACCUCCCUUGCCAACCCUUUUCUCCUAUAGUUCCAGACUCACCACCCUAGAAUAUUCGUCCACCAUGUCAUCCCCUGCUCAGGAACCUAUGCUGAUUCCCUGUUGCUUCCGGCAACAAGUCCAAGGCCCUGCCUGACCCAAGCCCCUCACCAGUCCUGAGAAUGGAGAGAACGGUGACAGUGAGUGGAGGAGUCAUGGGGGUUGGGGCGCAGGCUGGAGGCCAUGCUGAGGGUCAGUGUGGGUAGUGGGGGUCUCAGGAACAUAAUCACUGUAUGGCAAAAUGGGGGUGUGUUUGAACUGUGGGGAUCCUUCUCCUUGUCGCCCCCUCUCUGCCCAAGGACUUGAAUAAAUGGAAACCUGAAUUAUUCA